AUGGGGGUUAAAACAAUGCUCCCCAGCUAUGAACUGGGGUUUUAUGCUCUCGUAGUGACGUGUGCUGUGGUCUACAGCGGCAGCGGGAUCUUCGAAGCAUCCCGAGACAGCAUGAACAGAAAGGCCUUUCGGGACGGCAUAAAGCCGGGCUGGCACUACUUCGGCAGGAAGAUGGACGUGGCCGAUUUCGAGUGGGUGAUGUGGUUCACCUCGUUCAGGAACGUCAUCAUCUUCGCUCUCUCGGGACAUGUCCUCUUCGGCAAGAUCUGCUCCAUGACGGUGCCACAGCACCGGGCUGUGGUGUACAUGCUGUAUGGGAUCCUGGCCGUGCUGGGCAGCAUGGGGCUUGUCUACCUGAUGAUCAUCCUCUCCCACUGUCUUGUCCUCUACUCCGUUGCGAUGGCCAAGCAGAAGUGGCUCUGCUACGUAGCUGGGUUUUGCUGUCUCGCCUCCUUCAAGAUGGAGCCCUUCAGCUCCUGGCAGAGUGGGUUUGUAACGGGAGCUUUUGAUCUACAAGAUGUCCUCUUCUAUGGAGGAAGCAGCUUCACCAUCAUGCGCUGCAUGAGCUUUGCACUCGAGAGCUCUGAGAGGAAAGAGGGAAUCUACUCCAUCUUUGACCUUCUCAAGUACAACUUCUACCUCCCAUUCUUCUUCUUUGGGCCUGUCAUGACAUUUGACCAGUUCCGUGCCCAGGUGAGCACCCGAGAGCUGAGGCGCAAAGAUGACGAGAUGAGGAAUAUUCGGGUCCAUGCCCUCCUCCAUGUGGGGGCCAUCAUUGCUGUGGACAUCUUCUUCCACUUCUUCUACAUCCUUACCCUUCCUUCUGACCUGAAGUUUAUGAACCGCCUCUCGGACUGGUCCUUGGCUGGCUUGGCCUACUCCAAUUUGGUGUAUGACUGGGUGAAAGCUGCUGUCAUGUUUGGGGUCAUCAACACCAUCGCCAGACUGGACCACUUGGACCCACCCCAACCCCCGAAAUGCAUCACCAUGCUCUAUGUCUUCGCAGAAACGCAUUUUGACAGAGGAAUUAAUGACUGGCUAUGCAAGUACGUGUAUGACCACAUUGGAGAGAACCAUGACCACAUCAUGAAGGAGCUCGUGGCCACCAUUGCCACCUUUGCCGUCACCACCCUGUGGCUGGGCCCCUGUGAAAUUGUUUACAUCUGGUCUGUCUUCAACUGCUUUGGCCUCAACUUUGAGCUCUGGGUGCAGAAGUUCUUCCAGCAGCAGCCCUUUGCCAAACUGGAGGCCAAAAUGUCGGCAGCCAUGUCUCGGCGGAUUAGGGCAGUUUUUGGGGCGGCAAACUUCUGGGCUAUCGUCCUCUACAACAUCCUAGCUCUCAACAGCCUGGAGUUUGCACUGCUGGUCACCAAGAGACUCCUUCUGACAGGUUUCCCUGUCAGCACCUUGUCCAUCUGGUUCAUCACGUACUGUGGAGUGCAGCUGAUCAAAGAGCGUGAGCGCAUCCUGGCCAUCGAGGAGGAGAAGUGUGACAAAGCAAAGGUGGAGUAAAGGAAGGCAUCAGCGGGCUUGUCCCAAAGCCUCGUCUGCCCUCCAGCCACUGCUGCCAGGCUAGCCACUGGCAGGGCCUCUCCAAGCACUCCUGAAAAUCGGACUGCUGUAGCUCACCCAUGUAGAAGUCACCUGGAAAGCACAGGUCACCCCCUUGCUGCAGGAAAGAUUUUUUUCUAAGACACAGUGGGCA